AGCCUACAGCAGCACAGCAUACCACAGCAACAGCCUCAAACGUUGCGUACAGAAACCAGGAGGUCAAAACCUGUGAAAGGCCCAUCUGGGUUGGAGGAACAGGGCAAAAAGACAGUUCAAGCAUUCGGAGAAGGUUUGACAACAAUUGAAAGGCCGGAUGAAGACGACAGUGCUGGAAAUAUUUACACUAAUGCUGUACCUCCCUGGAUGCAGCCUGGCCAGGAUACCACACCCUCAUCUUAUGUUGUUGGUCCUACAUUGGAAGAUCUAGAGAAGCACAAAAAACUUGAACAAAAAAGGCAGUUGCCAGCCUGUCGUGUUGGAGCUAAAUUUGACCACAAGUCAGGGGAGACAGGAUCAUGGCUGCCUGACUUUGGUGGUGUGUGGAAUCAUGGAAGAAGAACAAAGUCUGGCCAUCAGUUUAUGAAACGACAAAAAAGAGGAGUCAACUCACAUUCAUCAUCAUCAUCUACACUCUUAGGAGAUUCAGAUAAGGGUCCAGUUCCAUUGCCUCAGUCAUCGUAUUUGUUUCCUAAGUUGCCAAGGAGAACCGCAACUGUAACAAGCAACAGUGACAUACUCACAAACAGCAGCCAUGGCCAGAGUGUUGACAAGUUGACAGCUACUGCUACUGACUUGGGUAGUGUUUUUCCGCUCGUUGUUCCACAGAAUGCAGAGUUUUGCUACCAUCAAGAUACAGAAAUGUCUUCAUUAUCACAUGGUACCUCUUCAGCAGUAUCAAGAAGCCUAACAGGCACAUCUUAUAACUCUUCAGCAGUACCAAGAAGCCAAACAGGCAAUGCUUUUCAUCAAAUGACCGAUGCAAUGGAUACUGAUAAUUCUGUGACGGUUAAGCCAUAUGUUCGAAAAAAUAGGAAUGCAUCGUCCACAGUAUCGGAGCAAAAUCAGCCAAUGCUGCCAUUGUGUUCACCCCAUAUUCCUCCUUAUUGCCCUGUUGGACUCGACACCUUGAAUAGAAGAAAUGGUACAUCUGAGACUCACACUUACUCUUCUCUCAAUUCAGAAAUUCAUUUUGAAAGUAGUUCUUUCAUUUCUGGACAUGACGGAAAUUGGCACAAUAACAGUUCAGCAUAUCAAAGGCCAGUACAGAUUGGCCAGUCUUCUGUUUAUGCUGAGCAGCAAGGUCCCUUUAGACUUUUGGCCACCCCUAUUUUGAGUCAGCAGAAGAGUAAGCUAUCUUCAGAAAAAAUAUUUGAAACUGGCGGCCAUGGCAAAUAA